AUUUUCGAGUUCUGUGACUGAAAGUCUCCUAGGAAUUCCUUUCGAGUCCGCUUAACAAUAGCCUUAAAAUUGUGAGUGUUAGUUUCGUAUUCACUACUCACGGAGAAUGAAUGACCGCACAAUCGUUCGAUUAAGUGGCUCAUUAGGCGCCGAGGAGGUCAUGUGAGCCAUUUAGGCAAAUUGCAUAAGCGAUCCAAUCCGAUCCGAUUCACUUAAGACUCAAGUGCUGUCCCAGCACAAUUACAGGACGGACAAUAGGAGCUCGUCGCAGUAGCCCAAGAUAUUGCGGUUGAGCACACCUGUUAUAGAGCACACCAUCACCACCACCCACCCGGUGGACUAAUGGAAUUUUAACGCCACGAAAAAGCUAGCUAACCAACCAACCACCCACUGGAAUCCGCCAUCCGCCAUCCGCCAUCCAAGGAGCAGGAUUAAUGCGAACGUGGGGCGCAUGUUGCUAAUGUAUCUCUUAUUAGCGGACAUACGCAUUCCCAUCCCUCAUGCUCAUUCUCGUUACUGUGUUCAUCCUGCCCGCUAGUGUCCUGCAUCCUGUGUCCUUAGCUAAUCCAGUGGAAACAUCAUUUUGAGCACCUGUUUAAUUGCGUUAAUCACCAGAAGCAAACAUUAUUGCCAGCGCCAUCAGAUGCCGAAAUGAUUAUGACUGGGGGUCCACGGACCCGGAUUACCGCGCUUUUUUGUUUUGUUUUUGUGCGCCCUCAGCACUUUGACCUUUGGCCUGGAUCCUUGGAGUCGGGGUAAUGCUAAUGCUAAUGCUAAUUUUUAUGUACUUUUUCCGGCACGCAGCUGGGCGGAAGUGUCGUCGUUUUGCCUCGCGAGUACCGAAUUAGUUGUGAAAAUAUGACUUUAAUAUCUAAUAUCUAAGAUAUAAGAUAUUACAUUUUACAAUGGCAUAUUCCUAUCUUUAGUCACAUAAAAACAGGAUGAUAGGGUAUACAGAAGUCCUUUGAUGAGUAUUAUAUAAAUGACAAAACAUGUUUAAAAACUUAAUGGAUUGAUGGACCUAACCAAACAUCGAGUCUUUUAAAACAUUUUGCAGUAACUUUAUUUCCCAGGACAAAAGCCCCAGAACAACCCAAGCCAAGAUUGUGACUUCAAUCUUUAUAAAAAUAACUAACCGAUUUGACGAUGAGCCACUACAAGUACCUGUUCAAGAUCCUCGUUCUGGGUGACUGUGGUGUGGGCAAGUCCUGCCUGCUGAUGCGUUUCUCGGAUGACCGAUUCACCGGCAAGUACCUGUGCACGGUGGGCGUGGACUUCAAGGUGCGCAGCGUGGAGGUGGCCGGUCAGGUGGUGAAGCUGCAGGUGUGGGACACUGCUGGCGAGGAGCGCUUCAAGUCGCUGCUGCCGGCCUAUUAUCGCGGUGCCCAUGGCAUUCUGCUUGUCUACGACACCACAUCGGCCAACACUUUCCGCAGCAUCGAUGGCUGGCUGGAGGAGAUCCAUCGCAGGUGUCCAGAUAGGGUGAACGUUCUGCUGGUGGGCAACAAGUGUGACGACCUGGAGCAUCGACAGGUGAGCCUGGAGCAGGCCCUUCACUAUGCCGAUCGCCGGGCACUCGGCUUUUGUGAGGUUUCCGCCAAGAGUGGCGCGAAUGUAAAUUACGCAUUCGCCGCGUUGGCCGUUGACAUAUUCAAUCGUCUUGUGGCCUUUGCACCGAAUCGCUUGUCAGCUGGGCAGUAUGAAAGGGAUGAAUCGGAGGACAGGGCGAAGUCACAAGUCACAGAAAAGAUUAGUCUAGUUGGCAAAGGUCGGCUGAGGUCCAAAAACAUCGAACCCUGUUGUUGAACACCUUGUUUAAUUAUAUUUUCUUGACAUUUUUCGUUUAUGUA